AUGUCGGAUUCCAGAUCGGAUGGAGUGGAUUCCAAGCAGCCAGCUCCCCUGCGACGGGAACGGGCGCCGACAAUCACUAUCGACACCUCGGCCGUGACCUCACCCGCAGACCAGACCCAUCCUCCGCAUCAGUUCUUGCCCAGUUCGGCUCAGCCUUCGGUCCAUAUCUCUUCGGAAAAUGUCGACGCCGGGGAUACCAGUGCGCUUCUAAGCAACGGCAGUGUUUCGCCAUUUGACACGCGGUCGCCGGCAUCAAUCCGCUCGUUCACCUCGUCGGAACCAAGAGACCACGAAAGCAGACCGACCUCCCCGCACAACGUCUCCUCGCCCACCUCAAAGAUGACUGAACCCAUGUCGAAUUCCAACUAUUUGUCGGUCCCGGGCACCAGGUCUCGGGGAAAUUCGUUAGAGUCCGAAGAUACAAAUCCGAGUUCCUACGGCGGGGACACGUACGUGCCGACAACAUCCCAGGGGUCCCGCUCUGACCUGGCGCACACGCUCAUCGAUGACGACGAAGCUCUCAAGCCAGAUCCGGGUCGUGAAGAGGAGUUCAACGUGGAGGACAACCGAUUCGCCUUUUCCCCGGGUCAGCUGAAUAAGCUGCUGAACCCGAAGAGUCUCGGUGCGUUCCAUGCGGUGGGUGGGAUCCAGGGCCUAGAAAAGGGGCUGCGCACCAACGUCCGUAGCGGCCUGAGUCUAGAUGAAACAACUUUGGAGGGCACCGUGAGCUUUGAAGAUGUCACCUCUCGACAACCGGAAGCGCAACCGAAGUCUGAUUCGCAGCCUCCUUUACCCCCGAGUCGAACCACCACCGGCCUCUCGAAAUCCGCAGAUCGAUCGUUCACGGAUAGGAAGCGGAUUUAUGGAAACAAUAAACUCCCGGAAAAGAAAGCCAAAAGUAUCUUUGAACUGGCGUGGAUCGCCUAUAACGAUAAGGUUCUGAUCCUUCUGACGAUUGCUGCAAUCAUCUCACUAGCGAUUGGUAUCUACCAGUCCGUCACGGCUAAGGGCAGCGAGGCACGUGUGCAGUGGGUGGAAGGCGUGGCUAUUCUAGUGGCCAUUAUCAUUGUGGUGGUUGUGGGAGCGGCUAAUGACUGGCAGAAAGAGCGUCAAUUUGUGAAGCUGAACAAGAAGAAGGACGAUCGGCUGGUUAAGAUUAUGCGCUCGGGAAAUACAAUGGAAAUCUCGGUCCACGACGUUCUUGUUGGGGACGUCAUGUACCUCGAACCCGGAGAUCUGAUUCCCGUCGACGGUAUCUUCAUCGAUGGCCACAAUGUUAAAUGUGACGAAUCUUCUGCCACCGGCGAGUCCGACAUAUUGCACAAAACAGCGGCUCAUGAAGUUUCUCGCGCCAUCGAACAUCACGAAAAUCUUUCCAAAUUAGACCCGUUCAUCCUAUCCGGUGCGAAGGUCUCCGAAGGUGUCGGUACGUUUUUAGUCACCGCGGUCGGAGUCAAUUCCUCCUACGGUAAGACGAUGAUGUCUCUUCAGGACGAGGGCCAGACCACUCCGCUGCAGUCCAAGCUGAACGUGCUCGCGGAGUACAUCGCGAAGCUUGGUUUGGCUGCAGGUUUGCUUCUUUUCGUGGUGCUUUUCAUCAAAUUCUUGGCCCAGUUGAAGACCAUCCAGGGUGCCGACAACAAAGGUCAAGCAUUCCUUCAGAUCUUCAUCGUUUCUGUUACUGUCAUCGUUGUCGCCGUCCCCGAAGGAUUGCCUCUGGCCGUAACGCUAGCACUUGCGUUUGCCACCACACGGAUGCUUAAGGACAACAACCUCGUGCGACUGCUUCGCGCUUGCGAGACCAUGGGCAAUGCGACAACGAUCUGCUCCGACAAGACGGGCACCCUCACGGAGAAUAAGAUGACCGCUGUUACCGCUACUCUAGGAACGACGCUGAAGUUUGGAGGAAAAUCGCGGGAGGCAACUCCCAGCGCUUCUCCUAAUCCCAACGCUGAAAACGAAAACCGCGAGGUCCAUGACCCGUCCGGCGCUCUUUCGCCCUCUGAAUUCGCCUCGGCCCUCGCACGUCCGGUCAAGGAAUUGUUGCUCGACUCUAUCAUAAUCAACUCCACCGCAUUCGAAGGCGAACAGGAGGGAGUGAUGACUUUCAUCGGCUCAAAAACCGAGACUGCCCUCCUGGGAUUUGCGCGGACAUAUCUUGGGAUGGGAUCGCUUAGCGAGGCACGGUCCAAUGCUACAAUGGUGCAGAUGGUGCCUUUUGAUUCGGGUCGAAAGUGCAUGGCGGCCGUGUACAAAAUGGACAAUGGAAAGUACCGUAUGUUGGUCAAAGGUGCAUCGGAAAUCCUGGCUCGCAAGUGCACCCGCGUCAUUGGUGAUCCCACGCAGGACCUGUCCGAGAAACCCUUGUCUGAUGAUGAUCGCUCCACGCUGGAUCAAAUCAUCACUCACUACGCAUCGCAGUCGCUGCGGCCAAUUGGGCUGCUCUACCGUGAUUUCGAGCAAUGGCCGCCGCGCGGUGCACCGACGCAGGAGGAAGACCGCAACCUUGCCGCAUUCGACCCAAUUUUCAAGGAUAUGACCAUGCUUGGUAUCUUUGGAAUCCAGGAUCCUCUUCGCUCGGGCGUCACGGAGUCGGUCCAGAAAUGCCAGGAGGCAGGUGUUUUCGUGCGAAUGGUCACAGGAGACAACAUCAUGACUGCCAAGGCUAUUGCCCAGGAGUGUGGAAUCUUUACUCCCGGAGGUGUGGCCAUCGAAGGUCCUCGGUUCCGCAAGCUCAGCACUCGCCAGAUGAAUCAAAUCAUCCCACGACUGCAGGUUCUGGCGCGGUCAAGCCCCGAUGAUAAGAAGAUCCUCGUCACUCAGCUCAAGAAAAUGGGCGAAACAGUAGCGGUUACAGGCGAUGGGACGAACGAUGCUCAGGCUUUGAAAACGGCCGACGUUGGUUUCUCGAUGGGAAUUUCCGGAACUGAGGUUGCCAAGGAAGCGUCAGAUAUCAUCCUCAUGGACGACAACUUCACCUCUAUCAUUAAGGCUAUGGCUUGGGGUAGAACGGUGAAUGAUGCGGUCAAGAAAUUCUUGCAGUUCCAAAUCACGGUCAACAUUACGGCGGUUCUCCUCACUUUUGUCUCUGCAGUCGCCAGUGGUGAUCAGGAAUCGGUCUUGACAGCGGUACAACUGCUGUGGGUCAACCUCAUCAUGGACACUUUUGCUGCACUUGCUCUGGCUACGGAUCCCCCGGCUCCCACCGUCCUCAAUCGUAAACCUGAACCGAAAUCUAGCCCGUUGAUUACCUUGACUAUGUGGAAAAUGAUCAUCGGACAGAGUAUCUACCAGCUCGCCGUUACUUUUGCCUUGAAUUUCGCCCAUUUAUACGAUGGCAAAGAACACCAGACGGUGGUAUUCAACACUUUCGUAUGGAUGCAAAUUUUCAACCAGUGGAACUCUCGACGCCUCGACAAUCGAUUCAAUAUCUUCGAGGGCAUGAUCCGUAAUCGAUGGUUCUUGGGUAUUCAACUUAUCAUCAUCGGCGGUCAAGUUUUGAUCAUCUUUGUUGGUGGAGAGGCCUUCUCUGUUGCCCGGCUGAACGGACCUCAAUGGGGAAUCGGCUUGGUUCUAGGCGUCAUUUCUCUUCCCGUUGGAGUGAUCAUUCGCCUUAUCCCCGACUUCCUGUUUGAAAAGUUAGUUCCCAGCUUUGCGAUUCGCAAGAAGAGACCCGAACUUCUGGUGUCCGAUGAAGAUCGACGAUUCGAGUGGAACCCUGCCUUGGAAGAGAUCCGCGAUCAGCUGCGAUUCCUCAAGACGGUUCGUGGAGGUCGCCUGAGACACAUCAAGCACAAGCUGCAGCACCCUCAAGAACUGCUGCCGAGAUCGCGCAGCGGUUCGCGGUCCAGAGAAAACUCGAUCCCCGGAACGCCGAAUGGUGACGGAAGCAUCACUCCGCCCCCGCCUGCUAGCCCUGACUCACGGUCUCGACGUCGGACUCGAUCUCGGUCGAACUCGACAUUUGGACCUGCCGCGGCUAUGGCCGGCGUGGUUGCUGGCAGUAUUGCCGGCUGGUCCCCAAUCGAGAGGGCACCGUCCGAUGGUGAAUCAUUCAAGUUUGGAGGGUCCAGUCCCCACGGAGGCCUGGACAAGCAGCAGGGCAUUGAAAUCCAUCCAGAAACCGCCGCCGACGACCAGAUUGUGGGCCAAUAUCUAUCGACCUCGACCACCCCGCCCAGUCAGAACCCCGACCUUCUUCCCUUCUUCGAGCAUACACCCCCGGAGCGUGCUUCAUCUCAUCGCAGUAGACGGUCUACAUCUCGACUUUCUCGAUCCAGUCACCAAAGCCAAGGGUAA